ACCUAUUUGUCGAUUCUAUCUGAUAGCUAUCCUUUCAUUAUUGUCGUUUCAUCAAUCUUCAGUUCUAGAGAGAGAGAGAGAGAGAGAGAGAGAGAGAGAAAGUCAGUUCUAGAGAGAGAUAGGAGCUGGAGGUUUCAAUUUUAUGUCAAUUUCUCACCUAUCAGGGGGAGUGCUAAAGAUAAAGGAGGAGUAUUUUCUUGCGAGCCAAGUUUUCAGAACCACUCUCCUCUUCUAAAGAAAGAGAUGGCACUGCGUUUCAUUUGCAGUCUUCUUUUCGUUGUUCUAUUAAUUGUGAGUUUAGGGGGAGUAGAGAGUAAAGCUCAUCAUCGUGAAAAGAGGAGGGUGUUAUUUGUGUUUGGGGAUUCGUAUGCGGACACUGGCAACUUUCGGAAGAGCGUAUCGCCGUCGUGGAAGCAGCCAUACGGGAUCACCUUCCCCGGUAAACCAGCCGGCCGUUUCUCUGAUGGCCGUGUCCUCACUGAUUUCCUUGCAAAGUUUUUAGGGGUCCGUUCUCCUAUACCAUACACGUGGCGAAAGAUCAACCCUUCACUGCAACGCUAUGGGGUGAACUUCGCGAUCGGAGGGACGGGAGUGUUCACUACAUUGAACGCAAUGGCCAAUAUGACCGUCCAAAUUGACUCCUUUGAGCGGCUGUUAAGGCAGGGAGUCAUCUGCCAAAACGAUCUGGACCGUUCAGUUGCCCUUGUCUCACUGGCUGGCAACGACUAUUCUGCAUACUUGGAACGUAAUGGCUCAGCAGAGGGCUUACAACCAUUUAUCAUUGCGGUUGUGAAACAAUUGUCCCUGAACCUACAACGUCUCCAAGGUUUAGGAGUGAAGAAAAUCGCAGUUACAACCAUGGAACCUUUGGGUUGUUUACCUAGUAGCACACAAGUUCUUUCAUAUAAGCAGUGCAAUGAGACCCAAAAUGCAGCUACAAGUUUUCAUAACUUACUCUUGGAGCAAGAAGUUCAAAACCUCAACAAAGAGGCCAACAACUCUUCAAAUAUAGUUAUCUUCGACCUCUUCAACUCUUUCAAUUCUGUUCUAAAGACCCCAAGUGGCCAAGGGAAGUUCGUUGAUAGUUUAAGGCCUUGUUGCGACGGUUUUACAGUUACAGAUAGGUGUGGAAGCAUCGACAAGAGCGGCCGCGCUACAUACAACAUAUGCAGUAAUCCAGAGACAACAUUCUUUUGGGAUUCUGUGCACCCUACUCAGUCUGCAUGGGCUGCGAUUGUCUCAUACCUUCGUCCUUCAGUAGAAGCCUUGGCAUCUUGAUCCAUCUGAAAUUUCAUUACAUUGUAUAACAUUGUCAUUUACAUGUCAUUUUCUUUAUUUGUGAAAUAUGAUUUUGAUAGGUGAUUAGCUAGUACAAUAAUAGACAUUGGAUCUUUAAGGGACAGGAAUGAUGUGUUUUCAGUUGGGUUUAUGAGAGCUUGUAUGAGCAUUUUAUAUAGUGAAACAUAAAUAUGAUUUGUUGAUA